AAAGUCACGCUUGGCGCGUGUGCAGCGAACCCAGCGCCACUUGCGCCUGGUAGGGUGGAGAAUGAAAGGCUAUGCUGCGAGUGUCGUUUUGGGCAUCUUGUGAAAUGGAAGUCAGUGUGUAUCGCAAAUAAAAUGCUUGCAGUGUUCGCAUUUAACACAACCUAAAGGCUGCUGUCUUCAGAAAAUCUGACGACCGGUGAAAAUUAAGAACAUCUUCUCUAUUUGGAGUAACAUGGAAGUUCCAGACCUUUUGUCAGCAGCCUUGGAUGAGUCCGGGAUUGGGGAGGAGGAGAUGGCCCACAAUGCACCAGAUCAGGCAACAAGUGCAUCACGUUUUCAAUUCCCUCCACAUCUGGUGAACUACCUUCCCCCAAGCAUGGUCCAGCAGAUAACACAACAUAUGGCUCAGCAAAUGGCCCAGCAGAUGCCUUUCCACCAGAUGGCAGCGGCCAUGGGCAAGUUCCCAGGAGGAGACAAGGCUGGUGGCAUGUAUCCACCCUACUACAUGGUGCCACCCUUUGGCUUUAAGGCAGCCAACGGGAAUAUGCCUUACCCCAUGUCCAUGUUCAGGCCUCCUUACGACCCUAAGUUUACAAUGGGGCCAACUGGAAUGGGCAUGCAAGCAGCACCCCCUCAAGCAACCGAAGAUGCUGAAGAGGAUGAAGAGCUAGGACUAGCCGAAACGUACGCGGAUUAUACCCCGGCGAAAUUGCGGUUGGGAGAGCGACACCCUGACCCAGUGGUCGAAACAAGCUCUCUCUCAAGUGUGACGCCCCCAAACGUAUGGUACAAGCUGUCAAUUCCGGAAGAGAUAAUCGACCGAGGGCUUCUGUCGGCUCUCCAGCUGGAGGCCAUCGUUUACGCCUGUCAACAGCACGAGGUUCUACUUUCCGAUGGCAACCGUGCUGGCUUUCUCAUUGGUGACGGAGCCGGCGUAGGAAAAGGUCGCACAAUUGCAGGAUGCAUAUUUGAAAAUUACUUGCUGGGCCGAAAGCGUGCAAUCUGGGUCAGCGUGUCUAAUGAUCUCAAAUACGACUCGGAGCGAGACUUUCGGGACAUUGGUGCUGGAAAAAUUGAGGUCCAUUCUUUAAACAAGUUCAAGUAUGCCAAAAUAUCUUCGAAAGUGAACGGAAGUGUGAAGAAGGGCGUCAUAUUCUCCACGUACUCGUCCCUCAUUGGCGAAAGUCAGAGUGGUGGCAAGUACAAAACGAGGCUGAAGCAGUUGCUUCACUGGUGUGGGGACGACUUCGACGGAGUAAUUGUUUUUGAUGAAUGUCAUAAAGCCAAGAACCUGUGUCCUGUUGGAUCAUCAAAGCCGACAAAAACGGGCCUCACUGUUCUGGAAUUGCAAAACAAGCUGCCCAAGGCAAGAGUUAUCUACGCUAGUGCUACCGGUGCUUCUGAACCAAAGAACAUGGCUUACAUGACCCGAUUGGGCAUCUGGGGAGAGGGCACACCGUUUAGAGAAUUUUCCGACUUCAUCUCUGCAGUUGAGAAGCGUGGUGUUGGUGCCAUGGAACUUGUGGCAAUGGAUAUGAAGCUGCGUGGUAUGUACAUGGCCCGUCAGCUGAGCUUCCAGGGAGUGUCCUUCCGAAUUGAAGAAAUCCCAUUGGAGGAGCCGUUCAUCGACAUGUACGACGAGUCUGUCAAGCUUUGGGUGGAUGCCAGAGCAAUGUUCCAGGAGGCUGCAGAAUUGAUGGAAGGUGACUCGCGUAUCAAGAAAACAAUGUGGGGUCAGUUCUGGGCAUCACACCAGCGAUUCUUCAAAUACCUCUGCAUCGCCUCCAAGGUCCCGUAUGUUGUCUCUCUAGCCCGUGAAGCCGUCAAGAACGACAAGUGUGUUGUAAUAGGUCUACAAUCGACGGGUGAGGCAAGAACUCUAGAACAACUCGAGGAACAAGGGGGAGAGCUCACGGACUUCGUCUCGACGGCAAAAGGCGUCCUGCAAACAUUGAUUGAGAAGCACUUUCCGGCACCCAAUCGCAAGAAGACUUUGAAACUCUUGGGCUUGGGUGGCAUCAUGGAUGAGCUGAACCCCUCGCCGCCCCCGUCUUCAUCGACGGGGGGACACAAGCGGAAAAGCGUUCCAGCAGGAUCUCGACAGGCUCGGCAAGGGUUGAAGCGCUACCGGGAGGCGUCAUCGGGAGACGAUAGUGAGCAGGAUGUCAAAAGUGAGCCUGAGAGCGACUUUGAGCCGUCUGCGUCCAGUUCCGCGGCGGAGGACUCUGAAGGAAGUUCUGCCGUGGAAUCGGAUGCGGAAGAUGAUUUCAACCCCUUCGGAGACGACUCGGACAGUGAUGACCCCUGGGCAAGUCGGAAGAGUAAAUCGAAACGCAAAAUAAAGAAACAGAAAGCGAAAAAGAAGAAGACCAAAUUCGACAGGUCCACGGUAAAUGGCACUGCUCCGCAGCCGACUGUUCGAACGGCACCAACGGUGGAUUCAGAAAAAAAAGCAGCGGCCAUGAAACAGGAGCUCCUAGACCGAUUGGAAAAGCUUGGUGACAAGUUGCCGCCAAACACACUGGAUCACCUUAUUGAUGAGUUAGGAGGUCCUGACAAUGUAGCUGAGAUGACUGGUAGAAAGGGCCGUGUGGUUAGCACAGACAAUGGGACCAUCCAGUAUGAAUCUCGCUCUGAAGUAGACGUUCCCCUGGAAACACUCAAUCUGACUGAGAAGCAGCGUUUCAUGGAUGGUGAAAAGCACAUUGCCAUCAUCUCAGAAGCAGCAAGCUCUGGAAUAUCACUCCAGUCUGAUCGCAGAGCUAAAAAUCAAGCCCGCCGGGUGCACAUCACGUUGGAGCUGCCCUGGAGUGCAGACCGUGCGGUGCAACAAUUUGGGCGUACUCAUCGUUCCAACCAAGUAAAUGCUCCCGAAUAUAUCUUUCUCAUCUCUGACCUGGCCGGAGAACGUCGGUUUGCGUCCAUUGUAGCUAAACGUCUCGAAAGCUUGGGUGCUCUGACCCACGGAGACAGGAGGGCAGGGGAAUCUAGGGAUCUCUCACGAUUCAACAUUGACAACAAGUACGGUAGAGCAGCUCUGGAAACGAUGAUGCGUGCGUUGAUGAAAAUUGAGGACCCACCAUUUGUUCCACCUCCAGAGAGAUGGCGCGGUGACUUCUUCGCAGACUGCAGGAAAGCUCUAGUCGGAGUUGGCUUGGUUAAUGAAGAUGAAUUCACAAAGAUUCAGACACUGGACAAAGAUUACAACAACAUGAGCAAGUUUCUGAACCGUAUCUUGGGAAUAGAUGUGGAGUUGCAGAACGCCAUGUUUAAGUACUUCACUGACACACUCGAUGCCAUCAUAUCCGAGGCAAAGAAGACUGGACGCUAUGACUUAGGAAUUUUAGAUCUGGGGACUGCAGGAGACAACGUGAAGCGUGUCAAGGUGGACGAGUUUGUUCGGAGUCACGCGACAGGAACCGCUAAAACUGAACUUCACACCGUAAGCGUGGAGAGGGGCCUCUCGUUCGACUCUGCCCAGGAUCUGUGGAAGGAGCUGGUCGGAAAGGACGAAGGAUUCUAUCUGUCCAACCAGGUGCGCAAUGGAAAGAAGACCGCGGUGCUGGCAGUAUGCGAUCAGUCGAGGCGUUCGAAAGAGAAGGAGAAGAAAGAGAAGCUGUACCGACUGUACAGGCCGAACACCGGCUUGCAAGUGAGACACGAGAGCCUAGCUGAACUGAAAAGCAAGUACAAGAAGGUGACACCAGAUGAGGCACAGCCCCACUGGCAGGAACAAUAUAUGUCUUCAGAAACAACGUGUAGUCAUAUGUAUUGGUACGGAAGCUGUCGCAAAAAGACAAUGGGUAUGGGCUGUGAAGUGGGGCUGAGGCGGCGUACGUACCAUGUGCUCAGUGGUUCCGUAUUGGCGGUGUGGGCCAAGGUGGAAAGUGUUUUGAGUUCUGUGCACGGGCAUCACUCUUCUUCCAAGCUCCAGGUUGUACGACUGAAGACCGAGGACGACCUACGUAUUGUUGGUACAAUUAUUCCACCAAACUGUGUUACGCCUUUAGUGAGUGUGCUGUCUCAAGACGCCGAGAAGACCCACACAGAAACCUUUUGAGGUCGCCUGCGGUUUGUCCUUGUGUUAAUCAUUCUCUCAUUUCUGUACUCGUCUCUCUAGUUUCAUUCCUCACUGAGUUUUUCACGGAAGGAAAAAAAAAAGACCACCCCCAUCAUUAAAUUUCUAGUGCAUGAGAGCCGAGAGAGCAUGUAUGUAUGUAUAUGGUAUGUGUAAGAAAGACUUUUUUUGUAGAUAUAUUUCAACUGCUUUAUUUCUUUCUUUUUUUUCUUCAUUGGUGGCCCAUACUUGGUGAUCAGUUGCUGGCAAGAAUAAUAGGCAAUCAAAAUGCUCGGUUACGUCAGGAAAAGUUUCUGGUUUCAAACUGCUUUUUUCGUGUCCCUACAGUCUGCAGCUUCCUCACCAGAGUCGCACGUCCUUAGUGUUGUCAAAUGAGGUGCAUCUAGUGGCGUAUGUGUGUAAUAAAUCUAUUUAUUACUUCACCCAAAUCGGAAGGGUGUCCUGUCACAUGAUAAGAGAGCAGUGUGUUUUGUAUCGGACGGUUAAGACCAACAAGGCGAGGGUGGACACCGUGCCAAGAAAGAAGUUGGAGGGGAGUUCUAGUAUCCCUUUUGAGCAGUGCUGCUUUAUUACGGCCACUGCAGCUACGUUAAAAGCCAGAGAGAUUGGCUUCGAGGACUUGACUGGCAGUGUGUUUCAGUUAGGGACGAGCUUGAAAACUACACAACAAACCUUUGCAUUUGUGGUUCCAAACAUAAUCACUUGUGAUAUCGCAUUUUCAUUUCUACAGACAUGCAUAUUCCAGACCUUUGGUUAUGCCGGUAUGUUUCUGUGGUAUGCUGGCAUUUCACUGAAUGAUAAUUAAAACCUGUGCUCCCUCUAGA